AUGAAGCAGAUUCCCCUCGAGGUCAAAGCUCGCAUCGCGGCGCAACUCGACCUCCCUUCCGCCCGAAACUUGACCGUGAGCUGCAAGGCGUGGAGGAAUGCGGGAGAGAUGGCGGUCUGGAAUGAGGUGGAUCUGACCACGGGAUGGUAUGAUAAGCCGGCGUGUACCGAAGACUUCAUCGACGAAACGGAACACGACAUCCGGAACGGCAAGGUCGACACCAAGCUCGAGCGCAUCCGCGACUCUCUCAAGGCGUACCCCUUCCGCUGGAAAUGUAUCCAGUCGAUCCGCAUCGAGCCCUCGGACGGUGGUGAAGACGACGGGAUGUGUAGCGCCCCCCAAGCCAAAGCGCUCAUCUCCUUCAUCACACGCGUCGCUCCCCGCCUCACUCGGAUCAGCAUCCUUCCCCUUCCUCUCGCUGAGGACCUCUUGGAUGAACAAAGCUGCGAGAUGUUCACGUCGAUGCUCGGCUCGCUCAAGCUCAACUUCCCAAAAGUCACCCACGUGCAAUUUGCGCGGGGCUUCGCAUCAGAGGCGGCGAUCCCGACCUGGAUCUUGCGGAUCAAGACCCUUCAGCACCUCGAAGUCGCCCGGCCGGACGUCUCCUUCGUCGCCGAUCUCGGUCACAUCAGUACUACCAUCUUAAGCGGUAUGUUCCCGCACCUCACGACCGUCACCGUCCAUCGCAUCGGCAAGAAUCACGAUCAGCACGCUCGCGAGAUCAUCACUGCUCUGCUCGAGGUGGCGCCCAAGCUUGCAACCGUCCGCAUCACCGGUCUCUGGGAGCGGAUCGAGAGGGACAGUCGGGGAUAUCUCCCGGAAGUCUGGCGGCAGACGAAGCGGUCUCGCACAAUCUCGAUCAUUCGGCCAGACAAGCUCGGCAACGGCGGAUCGGCGUUCGUGCACGAGACGAGGGAAUCUACACCUUCUUCUACGCCGGUCUAUCGCGAUUCAGACGACGAGGAUAGCGAUGAUGCAAGCGAGAGCUACGGUUAUGGCGGAAGCGAGGGUGGGUACGGGGACGGAUUUGGCGGGGGAACAGGAAGGCGGCUGUACAGCGACUCGUGCGCCAGUGACGAUAGCGAGCGGCUCGCAUGGAAGGACAGCAACCUUCCAACAGAAGACCUAUUGACCGAGAAGGAAGUGUUUGCGGGCGGGAUCAAGGUCAAGUUUCUGGAGGAGGCGGUCAUCACGAUGGAUCUGGCAAAGGGGUGCGAGGAGUUUCCUUACGACACCAUCAUCGUGGAGAAUGACAAGACCGUCUCUCGCCUCACCGUCGUUACCACUCCUCGCCUCACCGGGGCCACCAAGCACACCUCCCAGUCCCCCGACCAUACCGCCGCCAUCCUCGGCCCUCUCCUCACCACUCUGCGCCGCGUCCCCGAGCUAUCUGUCAUCUACAUUCCCUCGGCUCCUGGUCUCUUUUCCUCUGACUUUGUCUCCCCCGCUCGGGACGCCGGCCGCUUCGUACACCCCAAUUUCUGGACGGACGGUCAGCGAGGCGCCAUCAUUCGCCACUACGUAUCAGGGAACGACGUCCUUUGGCAUAUACGAAUCCGGGACGGCUGUUCGGCGGCGGACUCAGGCGGUGCGGUCAAGCCGGACGACGACUGCAGGACUGACCUGGCAUGCUAUAAGGACCGCGUGCUGCCCCGCAGCGUUCUUCAGGCGGUCUACGAGAAGGCGGCACUCGAUAUCGACAGUACGGAAGGCGGACGGCGGCUAUCACUCGGAGAUGGGUCGGCAUGGGACAUCCUGCGGAAUUGGGCAGAGAAGACGGAGGAGAUGUAG